CCUCCCUCUCCCCGGGCACGUGAGCGCGCGAGGCCUUCUUACUUCACCCGCCCGCGUGCCCGAUAACCAACGGGGAAUCCCCGGGAGCCAGCGGUCCCGAAGCACCGGAGCCGGGGGGCAUAAGUACUCUGUGGGUCUUCCAGCCCAUUGCCUGGGGGCAGCCAUGGCCACACCAGAUGUCAGUGUGCAUGUGGAGGAGGUGGUAGUUGUGACCACACCCGAUAACAUUAUGGACGGCAGUGGUGUUGAAGGGGUGAAAGCGGUUCUUGUGACCACCAACAGUGAUCUGACAACAUUUCAACCUAAAUACCAAUGGGUGGUGGGAGACAUGAGUGAGAUGGGAGAGGAAGAGAUCGGGGAGGAAAGGAGUUUUGCAGAAGAAGCCAUGGAGUCUGAGAAUAUGGCAGCUGCAGCCGCAGCUGCCUUUAGUGCAUCCACAGAGCUGAAAGAAGCUGUAUUAGUGAAGAUGGAGGAUGGGGAUGGGGAAGAAGAGACAAUGGAGGCAGAGAUUGCCUAUCCCAUUACCUGCGGAGAGAGCAAGGCCAACUUGAUAUGGAGGAAGUUUGUGUGUCCGGGUAUCAAUGUCAAGUGUGUGCAGUACAAUGAGCAUCUAAUAAGUCCAAAAGAGUUUGUUCACCUGGCUGGUAAAUCCACCCUGAAGGACUGGAAGAGAGCAAUCCGAAUGAAUGGCGUCAUGCUCAGGAAAAUUAUGGAUUCUGGGGAGCUGGAUUUUUACCAGCACUCUAAAGUCUGUUCCAACACUUGCCGGAGCACCAAGAUUGACGUGACGGGAGGCCGCAUGUCACUUUGUAGCCAGGUGUCCACGGAGUACAUUCCCAUUACAACUACAUCAAGUGACAUUUCUUUCCUAGAUUUUACAGUGAACGGGAACCCGACAACUAUCACUAUUGAGACAUGUGACAGUUCUGGAGAGUGGAGUAAUGUUGGAGAUGACACCCUGAUUUUCUGGCAAGGUCUGCGGGAUGCUGGGCUGCUAGGUGACAUUAUCCAAGAGUUUCACCAGGAGCUGCUGGAGACGAUGAAAGGACUGAAAGAGCGGUUACAAACGCCCCUCUUCGAGUUACAAGAUGCCGUGCUGCUUAACAACAUUGUGCAGAAUUUUGGAAUGUUGGACCUGAUUAAGAAAGUGUUGGCUAGUCACAAGAGUCAAAUGGACCGGUCUCGGGAGCAGUACACCAGGGACUUAGCAGCACUGGAGCAGCAGUGUGAUGAGCAUCGGAGACGGGCCAAGGAACUCAAACACAAAUCUCAGCAUCUCAACAAUGUCCUGAUGACUCUUACACCGGUCACCUUACCCCCUGCAGCUAAGAGACCACGGUUAACCAGAGCUACAUCCGGCCCUGCUGCUAUUGGCUCACAGGUCUCUUCUCAACAAACGCAGAUCACCUUGCCACAGGGAAUGUCUCUCUCUCAGUUGACAAGUCUCCCCUUCAGUAAAAUACUGUCCACCGGCAUCCCUGUGUCCUCCUGCUCCUCUGUGAUAAAUAAGAACUCGUAUUCCCAAGCCAACUCGCCCUCCUCCCCUGUCUUGGGAGGUUACACUAUCCUUGCCCCUUCAGGGAGCAAUUUCCCCAGCACACUGGAGAUUCACCCUGACUCCUCCAACCUUACUGUCCUGAGUACUGCAGCCAUGCAAGACAGCAACACCGUUCUAAAAGUAGUGAGUCCCAUCCAACUUCUCACUUUGCAAGGGCUGGGUGCAACAAUACAAAACCUGGCUCAGCUAGCACCAGCUGGCAGUACUAUUGUAGCCAUGCCCUGUGAGUCAGGGGAGGGAGAGGAGGAACACACCACCAUAGAAGUGACUUCACUGUCUGAGGAGCAGGAACAGAAGUAGGCUCGGGAGCAAUGUUUCUGUGUUUUAUAGCUCAGAGCUGCCAUGUGACUGAGGAAGGCUGUGAGAGAAGAAUGGGCAGCUGAUGAACCAAAGACUGAUUAGGAGAGCUGUAUAGAGACAAGUGCACAGCACUAUGCUGAAGAUCAUCCUGGCACUGAACAGUUGGACAGACUUUGUUACAAUACACGGCAUCAGGUCUCACUGGGCAAUCCUGGAAUAGUGAAGUGUCCCUUUCUCUGAGCCUGUGUGGAACCUGUCACACAUGCUCCGCUAGGAGCUGAAUCCUCAGACAUUCAGUGUUACUGUUUUAAACAUCUGCAAUGCUGAGUGGUAAUCUGCAUUUUUCCAACAUACUGAUAAUGUCUGAGGCUGCAGGCAGUAUAUGUAUGUGUGUAUCAACUGUGUACUUUUUUGUCCUACAGUAUGUGUAACCUCUCAGAGGCAUCAAGUGUUUUGUGCCUCAUAAUUUAGUAACACACUUAAUUACUAAUGCAUUGAUAGUCAACUGGUACACUGCAUUCUCAUGAAUAUUGGUUGGCACAGACAGUGUCUGCCUGCAGUGCAUGGGUACAACGUUUCAGAAUUGCUGCAGAGUGGAAAAUGUUAUUGUAUUGUGUAAGACGUAGAGUUAUGCUAUGACAAGUACUAUAAAAGGAUUGUACAUGGUAACCAUAUUCUAGAAACAUUGGAAUACCUCUAACAGGUAGUGUUGUAUAGAAGGCCUAACACUUGCAGUUUUUCAGAUUUACUUUCCAGCGUUUACCAGUAAUAGUGGAUGCACCUUAGGGCCAAUCUCUUCCUUAAUGACAUAUAUACCCUGGCACUUACUUGCUGUAAUGACAUAGCCAUCUUGGGAGUGAUAUUAUUUCAGCCAGCAUGUACUUCUGUUUAAAGUGUACCCAACACGUAUACAUGACUGUAGGUAGCCAUUACUCAGGAAGAUGCAGUCAGUUCACUAGCAAGUGCCUCAUGCCUCAUGAAUAUUACAGCUUCUUUGUUGUCUGAAUAUUGAUCAGCACACAAAAUGGUUGCCUGCACUUAAGUAUAUACUACAAUUACACUCUUUUACAACUGAGAUAUGCAUAUUGUUUAUUUUCACUACAAGAAAAACCUGUUUUCAACCACUGGUUCCACUUGCCCAGUCCUGCAUGUACCUGCACAUCACUAGCCUGGUGGCUUUCAUUACAUGACAAAGGUAUUUGUGAUUUGUAUGGUAGCACAGCAUAUCGUGUGAUCAUUUCAUGGUAACUCUGCUAGUCACAGACCCUGAUGGGGUACUGGAGGGGAGGGGGAGAGCGAGCGUGAGAGAGAUGAAUGCUACAGUGAAUUACCUUUCCUCUGGUGUCAAAACAUAAAACGGAUCUUCCUAUACUGUCUGUAUACUGAUGGUGUCCAGGGACUGGCUCAGGGACACAAAGACGGUAUCUGUAGUGUGUAGAGUAAAGCUGGACAUACACUGGCUAACUCACCUGACAAUUAGGUGCUGGAUCUGUCAUAUUUGGCCAUACUUUUAUAUUGACGGAGCUAUAUUAGUGCCGUCAGGCGAUGGUCCUAUUCAUGGUCAGAUGAGCACCUGCCUUCUGUGCCAUUCUAGGAUGUCAGUAUUUAAAAUGGCCUAAUUUGCCAAAUCACAGCACUUGUGGGGCACCUUAAGUUGGUUGCAUAAGAUGAUCAUAUAUAGGUAUACUCUGCUAACAGUGAGCGCUAUACAUUGCACAUGCAUCACAGGUUGGUAGGUUUUGUUUUUCUUAAGUACAAAUGGGAAAGCUCAAAAGUUAUUCUUGCUUUUGGCAAAACUCCUUAAAAAUGUAAAGAAUGAAUGGAAUCCACAAUGGGAUAUGCAUUCUGCUGUCAUGGAAACGGCUUUUGCUUUCAUCUUCCUUCAUUGCUUUAUCAGGCUCUCCAUUGGUUAUGGUAAAUGCAAAUGCUGGGGCUUGAGAUGUUUCAGUCAUUAUCUAGGCAUUCAUUCAUGUACCUAACCUUUUUUUUGUUUUUUUUUUUCCUUUUUCUAUAUCGAUCAGUUUCCUUUCUUUAUCCUAGCUCUCCUUAAGGGCAGACUGCACCCAGCUACUGUCCAUGUACCCUAAUCUUGCUGCCCUUCUCUAACCAUCUGCUUUGUGUUUAUACAAUAUGCAUGGGAGACCUGAGCCGUGUCACUUAUUCUGUAUGUAAAUAAAGGUAAAGAAUUUGAGAGCUCUGAUA